GCAGCGACAGAAGCGAGCCGAGCUGGACUGUUCCGUGUCAGACCGAGCUAUCACGGAGUGACAGGUUACGGGACAGUCCACGCCCUUGUGUAACUUGCGAGAAGGGAACGGAGCUGCAAACAUGGGGAUCGGUUGUCUGAUCAGAGCCACUAAAUACCAGCUUCUGGGCAUCAGUCUCAUCGUCGUGUUGCUUGGAGUUGCGCUUGCUGCAGUGACCUUGUGGACCUGCUUCAAUGAUAAAUUUUAUAUUAUCCGCAAUGUCACACCUGAAACCAACCGAUAUGCUAGGAUGCAUGAUCUGGCCGUGCACAGUAAACUGGCCAUCAGCACCUUUCUUGCCCUGCUGGGGAUCAUCACGCUGAUCGGAAUUGUGAAGGAAUCCGAAUUGUUGCUCAGCCUGGUGCUGAUCUGUUUUGCUCUGCUGUUCUGUGGAGUGGUUCAGCUGGCAUAUUGGAAGUCAGCCUACAAGCAGGUGAUGGAGGAUGCAGCAAAAGAUGUGUACGAUGUUCUAUAUGCUGACUACAUGAGAAACGUCUCACACCCUUCAAAACAGGAUUUGAUAAACAUUCACUCAACUUUUUCUUGCUGUGGGAAAAAUUCAUCAUUCAGUUACUACACCGUGGUUGAGAAUGAAACAUGCCUUCCACAUCAUGAACCUCAAAAGGAUUGUCUUCAGUCAAUAGAGAAUCAGAUCGCUGACAACAUGGCAAUCAUUGGAGUGCUGACUAUUUUGCUGGGAAUUGUUACGAUAUAUGGAAUGAUCCUGACUGCAUUUUUCUGUUUUGCUGCUUGCUUGAUCCAGAUCUGGUACAAGAAAGGAAAGUACACACUAGCCAAGAAGUAUUAAACACUGGACUGGAACCAAAAACUAGGAGCCUGUGGACUGAGUGUUUCUUGAUAAUUGUAAAAACUGUGAUACAAUCUCUCAGGUGUCUGAUUCCCUUUAAUCCUACUAAGUGUGUUAUGUUUUUUUCUGAGGCAGUAUGAAUGGCUGUGUGUUUAUUUUAUAUUGAUUUGUUGCCAGCAAGUCCCACGCAUACUCCAACCCCCCUAUUGCACUCUGCCUACAGAUUCUUCUUUUAAUGGCUGUUUUGCUUCAUGUUAUUGUAACAUGAAACUGGGAAACUGUGAUUAUGGCACUUAAAAUGUAAUUCUAAAACAAAGAAUGAUUUCAUAAUAAUUCCUAAAAUUACUACAAAAUUCCUGUCCCCAAGUCCAUUAACAAUGUUACAUAGCAAUGUGUCUUCAUUUUAUAAAGAACUUGGUUCAGUAA